AUGCUAACAACAACCCUUCAAGAAGCAGAAGAAGGAGCGAAGCACUUUUCGGCUUUGAAUCAAACUCUGAUGGCAAAAAACGCGCAACUAAUUACAGACAACCAAAUUUUGCAGGAGCAAAAUGAUAUUCUUCUACGAGAAAGGGCCAUUCAGAAGAGGCAAAAAGAGAAACAAGCUCGAAAAGAGCCCAAUAGCCCUCGCAAAGGAGACCGGCAGGCCCCUAUGCAGCUUACGCCAGACGUAUCGCCUCGUUUGGCGGGCCCUCCAUUAACACCGAGGACACUUGCGAAGGUUAAGGCAACUAUUCGCCAGUGUUCGAAGACCCGCGACUACGAGAGAGAAUUGAAAAUGAGGGCCGAAAUAUCCCGCUUGCGCGAUCUUUGCAAUAAGCAGAAGCGCGAGCUACUGAUACUAAAAGCCACGGACGGCCGUCGAGUGGAACUCGAGAUACUUUUGAAGCAAUGUUUGCUGGAUGUAAAAGCCCGCCUAGCUGGCAAGCGGAAGAGUUCAACGGCAAGUCUACAGUGGUUAGGGUGGACUGCAUGCACAGCAUCAAAUCCUAAAAUAGUUUCUUGUGAAAGAUGUCAAAUUUGCUUUGCUCAGAGUACAAGUAGCUUCGACCCCAAGACCUCGCGAGAAAGGACAACGGGGGACGCACCAAAGGACUGCGAGGCGACUCCUGUUGUGUGA